AUGUCUCAUUAUUUUGCAGAUUCCCCAAUCCUUCACACCAUGCAAGUGGCUGAGGAUGCCCGCACCCAUUUGGAGGAUGAACUGCUCUUCUGUGAAGUCUGUCGUCUUUAUUUCCAUGACUCCUGCCCACAACAUGGACCCCCCACUUUUGUGGCUAACACACCUGUUCCAGAAAGAGCUCCAUCACGGGCACUGCUGUCCCUGCCUGAGGGACUUUUGAUCAAGAAGCGUUCCCAAGGAGGCUUAGGAGUAUGGAGUGCACUCCCAACCUUACCUUGUGGCUGCAUCUUUGGGCCUUAUGAGGGGAAAGUGGUCCGAGAACUUAGUGACUGCACCCUUUACUCUUGGGCGGUUAAGAACAAAGGGUCCUAUUUUUUCAUUGAUGCUUCUGAUGAUUCCAUAUCCAAUUGGAUGAGAUAUGUGGCAUGUGCCUCCACUGAGCAUGAGCAGAACCUAACUGUAUUCCAAUACCAGGGUUACAUCUACUACCGGGUCUGCCAAAUUAUACCUGCUGACACAGAGCUGCUGGUCUGGAUUGGAGAGGAAUAUGCUCGCACUGUAGGACUGCAUUUGGGUGAGCAUUUCAAAUAUGAAUUUGGCGAAAAAGAAUUACUGAUGAAACUCUUUCAAGAACUGCAUGUCAAGACUCAGUCACCACCUCCAGCUCUCCAUACUUCUUCUUCUUGUACCCAGUAUCUGUGUGGAGAUGCCACUGCCUCAUCUUUCCUGCCCCUCCACAAGCCAGGCCCUCCUGUAGGAGGAAGCACAUUUCCCCUGCUUGAAGGGACACAAAAUGUGGUGGCUUUGAGCCAGGCUGAAAGCCACUACUGGACUUUUUUUGGCUUCCAGGGGGAUGCCUAUGGACGCAUCCUCGACAAGAGCAAGAUCAUCUGUAAGGUUUGUGGAGUCCAGCUGAGCUACAGCGGAAACACCAUCAGCUUACGUCAACAUCUCAUCUGCAAGCAUCGCCGUGAGUACAUCGAGGUUCUUAAGGUGGCCAACCGCAACAAAGGAAUAGCUGGUACAGGCGAGUUUGGAACUCCCCAGCCUCCAGUCCCUAGCCAAACGACACAGGCAGUCGCUGACUUUAUCGUGUUGGACCUGAUGCCAAUGGAGGUGGUAGAAGGUGAGGGAUUUGGGAAGAUGUUAGCGGUCCUGGACCCCAACUACAAAUCUCCUGAAGCUGCUGCCCUCGCCCACACAGUGUUGAAGGACAUGUAUACCCAGGUGAAAGGGAAAAUCUGGGAACUGGUCCGGGCCCUGCCCCAGUGUUCCCUUAGCCUGGAUAUAUGGUGCCACAGCAGCACUCUGACCUACCUCACACUCACUGUGCAUUAUGUGGAUGACUGCUUUGAACCCCAGGCCAGGGUCCUCUCAAGCCGCCCUAUUCCUGAGAACCCCAGCACUGAAAGCCUGGUGGAGUCUCUGACUGAGGCCACCAAAGAAUGGGGAGUACACGAGAGCACUUUGUACACUAUGGGAGGCAUUGGCCCUGUCUUCCAGCAAGCAGCUGCAGCCCUGGGGUGGACAGCCCUGCCUUGCAUUGGGCAGGUCUUGCGAGCAGCGAUGGAAGCAGUGCUGAGCCAGCCGGUGGCCCAGAGUGCCCUGGAGAGCCUCCGUCACUUGGCUUCUUGGGCACUGACCGGGACAGGUCGCAAUGAAAAACUAUGGUUCCAGGAGCCCCUCCUGCAAACCCACCUCAGUCGCUUCCUGAGAGAUGGGAGCAGAUGGCACAGUGUCUACACAAUCCUACAGGAUUUACUAGAGUAUAGCAAGUCUCUGUCAGGGCUCGGUCCUGAUGGGGAGGCAUUCCUGCACCCGCAGGACUGGGCUGCCCUUAAGGACACAGUCCAAGUUCUCAAGCCCAUGGCAAUUGCUACCUCAACAUUUACCAAACAUCCCUUUUCCAGUCUUGCCCUAGUCAAGCCUGUGUUAACUAGCCUCCUCUACAAGCACUUGGUAGCCAGUGAAUGUGACUCUGCCCUUGUCCUUGAAGCCAAAGAAGCAGCUCAAAAAGAACUUAACCACCAUUUCUCCAGGCCUGAAGUUAACCAGGUCCUCAAUCUGGCAUGCGCUCUGGACCCCCGCUUUCAUUGCCUGGACUUCUUGAGCCAUUCUGAUCGGGUGGAAACUUUGCGCUUGCUCAAGACCGAAGUGUCCCACUUGGCCUCUGCCUCUGCCUUCUUAACCUCCAGCGUGCCUGAUGCGGCUUCCUCAUUGCCUCCUUCCAAGCUGCCAAAGCAAGAUGCAGGCAUUGAAUUCCUGCUGGGAGAUCUCUGCAGCACGCGUGGUGGCCCAGGCAUCAGCUCUGCCCAUCAGCAAGCCGAGCGGGAGAUAGCGAGCUUCCAAAUCAACAAGGCAUCUGCCCUCACUCAGGAACCCCUGCAGUGGUGGAAGAUCCACCACACCCAGUACCCAUUACUGGCUCAGGCAGCCCGCAAGCUCCUAGGAGUGCCUGCCACCUCAGUGCCUGCUGGCUGGCUCUUCAGCAGCACUGGAGAUGCCAUCCACACUAAGCGCCAAGCCCUGACACCAGAGCAUGUCGAUAUGCUUGUAUUCCUCCAUGGCAACCAUGCGAUGCUCUGUUAGAGUACACAAAGAAAGCAGGCUUGGGUGGC